AUUCUGGUUUGGGGAAGAAUCUGCAAAACCAAACCAAAUCGCACCAUAAUGGUUCUUGGAGCCACUGGAGCUGGGAAGUCGACUCUCAUCAAUGGGAUGAUCAAUUACAUCUUAGGUGUCAGAUGGGAUGAUUCAUAUCGGUUCAAGUUAGUUGAUGAAGGACAGGGGAAAACACAAGCAGAAAGUCAGACCUCUGAAGCCACAGUGUACAAAAUAAACUACCGAGAAGAGUUUCAGAUCCCCCACUCCCUGACUAUCAUUGACACUCCAGGGUUUGGAGACACAAGAGGCAUUGAAAGAGACAAAGAGAUCACACAGCAGUUACAGCGUCUCUUCACCCAGAAAUCUGGGGUCAGUGAAAUUGACAUUGUCUGUUUUGUCACUCAGUCUGCUUUAGCUCGACUCACACCAACACAGAAAUAUGUGUUUGAUUCUGUUCUCUCAAUCUUUGGCAAAGAUGUGGCAGAAAACAUCAGGAUUCUGGUGACGUUUGCAGACGGUCAGCGCCCACCAGUUCUAGAGGCGAUCAAUGCGUCAGGUGUCCCAUGUCCUAAAACUGAUGAUGGGCUGCCAGCUCACUUCAAAUUCAACAACUCUGCUCUGUUUGCCUACAACCAGUCAUCUGAUGAUGAAGAAGGAGGUUUUGAUGAGAUGUUUUGGAACAUGGGAUUACGAAGUAUGAAGAGGUUCUUUGCGGCAUUGAAUCAAAUAACAACCAAAAGCUUGACAAUGACAAAUGAGGUCCUCAGAGAAAGGCAGCAGCUUGAGGUUUCAGUGGAAAAUUUGCAGAUACAGGUUAGAGUUGGUCUAGCCAAACUUGAGGAGGUGAAAGAAACAGCUGAAAAGAUUAAAGAACAUGAGGCUGAGAUCACCAGAAAUGAGAACUUUGAGUUUGAAGUCACUGUCACCCACCCUGAUAAGGAGGAUAUUUCUGGGAGUGGAAAUUACAUCACAAAUUGUCAACAGUGUCACCAUACCUGUCAUUAUCCUUGUGGCAUUCCAAAUGAUUCAGACAAAAGUGGUUGUGCUGCAAUGGGUUCAGAUGGAAACUGCAGAGAGUGUCCAAAGAAAUGUAUCUGGAGUGUACACUAUAACCAGAAGUACAGGUGGGUGUAUAAGGAAGUUAAAGAAAAGCGAACAGUGAAAGAGCUCAAAGAAAAGUACCUGAAAGCUAAAGAAGCAAAGUCACCUAUCCAGGCUUUAAUUUCCAAAUUAAAGGACGAGUACAAACUUGUGCAAAAUCAAGUUGUGGAGCUGAUGAAAAAGUCUUCAAGAUGUUUAAACCGACUAAAAGAAAUCGCAUUGAAACCAAACCCUCUAUCUACUCCAGAGUACAUCGACAUGCUCAUUGAGUCAGAGAAAUCUGAGCACAAACUAGGAUGGAAAAAACGAGUUCAGGCCCUGACACACAUGAGAGAAAAAGCAGAGAUGAUGGCUAAAGUAGAGAGAGGAGAAACACUUCUGCAGACUUCAGUUACAGGGACAACGGACAGUAAGCAAGACCAAACCAAGACCAGUACCAAUGCAGUCAAAGAUCAGACCAAGACUGAUUCCAAUGAAAAAGGCCAAAACAGUGAGCAUCACACUGUCCAAGACUCAGACAAGGACCAUGGUACUGACCAAGUCCAGGACCACGAAACUGACCAGGACCAAAAUGAGGACAGUCAUACUGACCAGGACCAAAAGGAGGACGGUGAUACUGACCAGGACCAAAACGAGGAUGGUGAGACUGACCAGGACCAAAAGGAGGACAGUGAGACUGACCAGGACGAAAACGAGGAUGAUGAUACUGACCAGGACCAAAAUGAGGAUGAUGAGGCUGACCAGGACCAAAAGGAGGACGGUGAUACUGACCAGGACGAAAACGAGGAUGAUGAUACUGACCAGGAUGAAACGGGGAUGGUGAGACUGACCAGGACCAAAAGGAGGACUGUGAUGCUGACCAGGAUCAAAACGAGGACGGUGAGACUGACCAGGACCAAAAGGAGGACGGUGAUACUGACCAGAACGAAAACGAGGACGGUGAUACUGACCAGGACCAAAAGGAGGACGGUGAUACUGACCAGGACACAAUAAGGACAAUAUCACAUACAAGAAUUAAAUCAAGGACACACAUGGAGACUUGGAACUUUAGUUCCAAACCUCUAGUCUCUGGACUAUCUAACAACACAAAGGGACAGUUUACACCUUUACCUUCUCAUAUUAUUUCUUAAAAUACAAGUGUCUGAACAAGCUCUGUUCAGUUUAUGUUAACAUACUAAUUAAUCAUCUCCUGUUAAAGCAUUUGUCUGUGUAUUACUCCAUUUGUUCUCUGGUCUUUAAACUUCUUCUUUAAACUGAAGUUCUGACUUUAAAUACAUAAAUACAGUUAGCUUUGUAGUUUUGGAGUAAAAUAUGAGGAAACAACCCAUAGAGGGGCCUGUGCUAACUGUUUCAGUUGUAUAGACUAAGACAGAGCUGUUACUGAUCAGAGACGGACCAGUUCAUCAGACCUAAUGAGAUGUUUUACAUACUAAUCAUAUUGGCAGAAGUUGCGGCUGACAUAGCUGCAACUAUUAUCUCAGCUGGUUAAGUGUGCUUUGUCAUGAUCAUGUCAGCCUUUAAAAAUCACUACUGACCUGCAGAUCUCAAACACUGACGCUGAAACUGCUCCUGAAAAAAGACAACCAGAAUUGGGAAAGAUCAGGUU